GUUGACAUGCUCGGGUUUGACUUCCAGAAGCCAGAGGUGACCACCGUGAUCCGAUGGCUCCUGCGAGUAGUGCUCGUGCUCUUUCUGGCUUGGUUGGUACGGCAAAGAUCAGAGCAGGAAGCAGAAGAAGAGGAGGAGGAGAAUGAGUCGGAACUAUCAGAUUCGCGAGCACGAUCCAAUGGUCUCAGGUCUCGGGGCACUAGUCGUCCAGUCUCGCGGUUGCAGCCUAGACGCGAUCCGUACGCGACGGCACCCCGGCAAAGAAAAGGAGUUGCUUCCGGCACGGAUGCAGCUGACUUCGAUUCCAUCAUAGAGAAGGUCUCCAAGCCGAAAGAGAUGUGGCAGCCACGCAAAAGUGGCGAGCCGCUGGAUCUCAGACAGCGAUCGCAAGGCGAUGCCGAUCCGGGCAUGACCGAGCGACCAGCUGUGACUGUCAAUAAGCCAGGGCACGAUGCUCAAGGUCCCACACUGCGUGGGCAUGAACGGCCGGUGACUUUCAUCACAUUCAACCACGAGAACAAUCUUCUGUUCUCCUGUGGCAAGGACAAGCUCGUUUGCGUGUGGAGCUUUCCGGAUGGAGAGCUUCUUGGUAGCUACCGCGGCCACAACGGAGCCGUGUGGUCCUGCAGUGCUACGUUUGACUCCAGACGGCAGUGCCGUGCUUGCGAAUGGUUGUGUUGCGAUCCAGGACGGUGGCCACCACUGGCCUCGUGUGCAUACCAGAUGUCUCCAGCUGUCAGGGCCACGCCGCUUGCCGAGCUGCUUCUCAAGAUUCGGACACAAGGAGCGCGUCCGGACCUUCUGCAGGCAUUGAGAGAUCAGCUGAAUGGUCCAGUCCUUGCAGCAGACGAGGCAAUGGUUUUGGCCUCCACCAUGGCCAGCGCAAAGGUACAGGAUCCAAAGAUGUGGUGUGAUGUUUCGACGGCGCUGCGCGGCUGUGACGAGCUGCCAGUGCAGUGGCUCACGAAGCUACCUUGGAAAUUCGCCCGGGCGAGGUGCUUGCAGCCGGAGAUCUUGGAGAUCCUGUCUGCAGGGGUUCAGGAAAACCUUGGCCUUUUCGAUCCACGUGGCUUAGCUGACCUCGCAUGGUCCAUGGCGAAGCUGCAACAUCGUGACGAAGGAUUGCUACGAGCCUUGACGCAGACACUGAGCCCCCGGAUUGGUGAGCUGGCACCUCUGGAGCUCGCCAAGGCUACGUGGGCCUUUGCGAAGUCUUCCAAAGACGAAGGACUCUUCGAGAUUCUGGCCGAGGCUGUGACCAAGUCCCUUCCCGAAUUCCAACCACGAGGGCUGGCCAACAUCAUCUGGGCCUUCGCAACAGCUGAGGUACGGAAUCCGAAGCUGCAACUCAACAAGAUAGCAGAGUUUUCGAGAACCGCUGUACCAGGAUUCACGCCACAAGGUUUGGCCAACACAGUCUGGGCCUUUGCCAAGCUUCGGCUUCGUGCUGACCAUGCGGUGUAUACAGCCAUGGCAGAGACCACGACGGGCAGCUUGGGAGAGUUUUCGCCACAGAACAUCUCUAACUCGCUUUGGGCAUUUGCAAAGGCGCGAUGCUAUGAGCCAGAGUUAUUUUUGGCAUCAGCGAGCCACGUUUCGGAGAGGCUAAGAGAGUUCAGUAUCCAGGCGGCUGUGAACUGUGUCUGGGCCAUGGCGGAGACAGGUCAUCACGAUCAUCGGCUCUUGCAUUGUUUUUCUGAGUACGCCGUGGCCAGACUUGAACUUUUCAAGCCCCAAGACUUGUCGAACACCCUGUGGUCCUAUGCUCAGUUGCAGCACUGUGAUCACAGGCUGCUGUCAGCCGCAACAGAAGCGGUGCAGAGUCGGGUCAGCAGUUUGACAGUCCAGCACCUGGUCUGCACCACCUGGGGAUAUGCAAUGAUGUUCGAGCACCGGCACACGAGGUUGAGAAGCAAAGCCUCAGCGGAUCGGCAAGGGUGUCGGUUUGCGCGAGCUCUCGCUGACGUGCAGUGGCUUGUGACGUGCGGCGCGGACCGGUUGGUCAUCGUCUGGGAGGCUCAUACCUCGAGGGAGCUUGCCCGCGUGGAACUUCCUGGUGUUGUGCGAUGUGUAGAAUGGGCAGGAGCAGCUCCUGGUGUGAAUGCCUCGGACGUCAGUGAGCGCUUUGUGACUGCGCACAAUCGCUUUGGUGCACAUCCCCCUGCAUUGACCGUUUGGCGCUUCGAUGGCAAAUCCAUCCAGGAGCUUCGUGUUAUCUCCAAGCUGCCUUCGGCAGCCCUCCAGGUGAGAUGGGGCAGGGCCAACUACUUCAUUGCAAGCGCACACGACAGUGGCGAGCUGAUUUUUUGGCGAGCAGACACUGGCGCUGAAGUGAAGCGGCUGAAGGCUCACGACGCUGGCAUUUCGAAGUUUGACUUCAAUGAUGACCGCGAGCUUGUGGCUACCGUCUCGCACGACAUGAGUGUCUGCAUAUGGGACAUCGGAAAAGGAACCGAGUGGAGGAUGUUGUACAAGGCGCAGACGGAUCGGCCGCUGAAUGCCGUGGCCCUGGGCCCGCUGUCGCAGAAGCAAGCCCUCGGCGCUCCAUCUGAGCGUCCAGGGUGCAUUUGCGUGGUCGCCGCUGGUGGCCAGGACGUCCGGGACGUUGCUCGGAGCAGCAGUGCCACCGAACAGUUCGGGACGCUACUCUUCCGCCUGGGCGCAGCUGAGAAGUUGCCGAGUGAUCUCAAGGCGGAUGGUGUCACCAACAAAGGUCACUUUGGUCCUGUCCACACCUUGGCCUUUGCCGGCAACGGCUCGGCCAUCGCCUCGGGCUCCGAGGAUGGCUUUGUGCGAGUGCACAUUUUUGACAAGGAGGAUCCUCAGAAGAAUUGA